CGUCGGGCAGCAGCUCUUGGAGUCUCUCUGAUGCCAAAACCCCUGAGAACUGUCUCCACAAUGGUCAGCAAGAAACAUCAACUACCUGCCACUUCCCCAGGUCCUUCUGCCAAGAAAGGUUUUUGUCGGGGGAAAGAUGCAGUCAUGCCGUUUUCGUUAACGACGUGCUGUAUUGGAGGUUCUGCCCGCUCGAGAAGUGUGGUGGAGGGGGCGCGAUCAGGGCGAAGCUGGUGGCCGGAGCUUGGAUCAGGUAGAAAGUCCAUGUGGGUGCCCAGUUCAGGCCCGUUACACAUGGAUGUCGCGGCUGAGCCGGACUUGCUUGAGCCAGAUAUGGAGCAAGCAAAUAAUGUCCAAAGCAGACAGGAUCAGGAUGCUCGGAUCAAAGUUGAUGAAGAUGAUUUCUCUUUCGACAACCCAAUGGCGGCUGCAUUUGUCUUUCAAGAAGACAUGUGCCAACGUCGUGCGGAUGCACGAGGACCAGCUGAAAUACACUCUUCGCACAAUUCUGUUAUUUCCACGCCGAAUACCGAUGACCUUCAGUUAAGUAACAACCACCAUCACUCCGAGGAUGUCUCAAGUUCAGGCGGCAAGGUCUCAUACAUCUGCUUAGACGGCGAAGAACAAAUUGUCGUACUUGACGUGCUUGAUAGCAUUGGCUUGUCCAGUAGAGUCGUGAGUAGCUUCACUCCGGGAGCCCUGAGCAGAUGUCUAUUGGGGAUGGGAAAGUCUGAAAGAUUUAGUGUGGACCUGCAGCGAGGACUAAUAAUAGACAGGUCGCAGCGUCCGCGUACCUCCGAUGUGCGGCUAGAAAUAAAGUCCGAGAACUCACUGAGUUGCUCCAUACUGGCACCUUGUUUGCCCUUUUCACACAAAUCACCCAAACAUGUGCCCAGAUUCAACAAGAGGAUGUACCCAGUGAAAGAUCGCAGCCCAUUAACGACUUCACUGCCCGUUUCUAGAUGACUAAAAUGUGCUACUCUCCAAAACCGAGCCCUGACGCUAAAAGAUGUUUUAGUUGGUAGGUAGAUUAGGACCAGUUAUCUAUUGUUUAGCUAAAAUUUACCUUCUAAAUAAGAUCAACAGCUCUUGAACACAAUUAGCAGGAACUCCAUUCUAAUGUAGAGAAUUUUUUAAAAUGUUAAGUGAGCACAAUUCCCAUUCAUCUGA